CAGUGGCCAAAGGCAGCCCCUCUCUGUGGGGUCCAGGCACGGCCUUGUGACGGUGGGGGUAGGGUGGGGCUUAGCCCUGCUCCUGUCUCCGGCUGGAGAACUCCUUCCUGGGCAGGACCGGCAGGCUGGAACGGGCGUGUGGGGUGAAGCAGAGAGACAGAAGCUGUCCCCCGGGACGUCCCCACGAGGGCCCACCGUGAAGGGACGGCGUGGGGGAGGGGCCCGGGACUCGUGUGGGGGAGGGCUGGCAGGAGGAGCUGCACCCACCCCGCGUCCCAUGAGCAAGCCCCAGACUGUGCCUGUGUCCUACCUGUGACCACGGUGCCUCCGGGAAGGCGUGUCCUGCACGGGACAUGCUGACGCGUGUGGCCCGUCCCCACCCCAGCCCAGCAGAGUGAGGCCCCAGCUGCUGUCCCGAGCCACGUGUCCUCUGCCCAUGCAGCUGCCCCAGUGCCCAGCAAGCCUACAGUGGGUCUCCCCAAGGGGGCACAGGGCACACCGGCUGGGGACUGGGCAAGGGGACAGGGCCUCGGGCUCAGAAAUUGACCCAGCUGCAGCUCCUGGCCAGCAGCCUGGCGCGCAGCUUUGAAAGGCAUCAAGUGGGGUGCGGCACUGCCAGGCCGGGGGCGGGGCGCAGGAGCCCGGAGCAGCCUGGUUCCGGGCGGGUCGUCACGUCCCUUUAAGGUGCGACAGCUCCCACACCCCAGCCCAGGCGCAGAGGGGAAGGACGGGGUGGGCAGGCAGUGGGAGGAGGGGGCGGCCCCGGGAGGCCCCCACCCGCCCGGGCACAGAGGGCAUCUCUCCUGGCACCGGCCACCGCACACGGUUCCCUCAGAAGCAGCAGGGUCUGAGGGACACAGCGGGGGUGGGCGGGGACGCAGGCGUGCCUGGUCGGGACCCCCAGCCACGCCCCAGCACACAGCUGCCGACCUGCCUGGGCCUUGCUGGCGGCGGGCGGCUCCGUCUUUUUCUGGAAACGGAGUGUGGGGACGUGCCCGCCACUCCUCACGAGGCUGGCGCCCCCCCCCCCCAGCACUGCCCCAACCAGGUGUGUGGCCAAGCUCUGGGGACGACCAUGACAGCGAGAUGACGGUGACAACCAAACACGAUGGUGAUGGUGAUGACAAAGACGAUGGUGACAACCAAACACGAUGGUGAUGGUGACGACAAAGACGUUGAUGGUGACAACGAUAAAGAUGAUGAUGACGAUGAGGAUAAAGAUGAUGGUGACGAUGAGGAUGAAGAUGAUGGUGACGAUGAGGAUGAAGAUGAUGGUGACGAUGAGGAUGAAGAGGAUGGUGACGAGGAAGAUGAUGCUGGUGGUGACCACAACGACAAAGCUUUCUAAUGUGCACCAAGCGGUGUCUCGCUGUCAUCUGGAUCUGCGUCCCCCUAAUGACUGCGAUGUUGUGAAUCCUUUCAUGUUCCACAAAGCUCUUUGGUAGCAAAAACAAAGCAAGAGCACGGCGGGCGCUUCUUGGCUCCUCACAGAGCCACCGCGAGCCGGCGUGUGCGCCCGUUUCCUCCGGAGUGGCUCGGCCGGCUCUACGGACACUGGAUCAAUGGAAGGGCAGAUGGUGGGUGGACGGAUGGGCGACC